AUGGCGAUUGUCACCCGAACUACGACGACUACUGGCAGUCGUACUGUCACCACCUCUACUAUCCCCAUUUGGGUGAUCAAGCUGAUUACCGUGGUUCUUUGCUCGGUGAUCCUUCUAAUUGUCUACAUGCUGGAUCAGAAUAUUCGCAUGGCAUAUUCCAGCACGUUCAUUACAAUCGGCCUCACUGUUGGCGCCCUCCUUGGCUGGUCCAUCGGUUCCGUACUACAACAAUUCCUCACCUUCCGCAAUGUGGAAAUCGGAAUCAACUUUGCCCUGACGGCCCUCUCAAUCAUCUGCUCGGUGCUAAUCCUCUUCUAUAUCUUUGAAACACGCGACUCAUCCGGAUCGAACCGCUUCAAGAUGAUGGUCGGAGGAGCGGUAUGCUUCGUCAUCCAAUCGAUCAUCUGUCUUCUGAUGUUGUCCUGGGCUUAUUCCGGCAAUAUCAUCGUGAUCCGAAGUUGUUUAUGCUUAUUCGUGUUCAUUGCUUCGUGCUGUAAAGGAAGCAAUAUGUUGCGUGGUGCUCCUGUCACAUUCAUCUUUCUAUUCGCCACUACCGGCUUACUUUUUGGAUGGGCAUUUUCAUCGGUCAUCAAUCGCUUUUUCAGCGCAAGGGUGACGUUACUCUGCACACAUUUGCUCGUCCUCAUCCUCGUCAUUACCACCCUAGUCUUACUGAUCGUCCAUGUGUUCGGCAUGGAUUGGACAAAUACCGGCGAUUCGUUGAUUAUUCUAGGGAUUCUAAUCACCUACGGCCUCCUGACGUUGAUCGUCGGACUCCUCGCCCUCUGGGCCUACUCAGAACGGCUAUUGAUCACUCAA